AGUCAUUAACUUCACUUUCAUGUUUCCAGGUUAGAAAAUAACUGUAGAAAUUCGGACGCUUGGGAAGUAUAGCACAGUUCCACCUGGUGUUUUGGGCGACACGUUAUGAACCCUUUCUGGAGCAUGUCUGGAAGUUCUACACGCAAGAAACCGGAAACGGAAGACAAGGCUCUGCUCGGCGAGCUGAAGACCAGUUCUCCGCGCUCCGCUCCCAAGAAACAGCUGCCUUCCGUUCCCAAAAAUGUCAUGCCGAUGACCAAGCCUGCUUCUCCCGCCCUCUCAGCCCAGUCGACCAAUGGAACACAUGCCUCCUAUGGACCUUUCUAUUUGGAAUAUUCCCUGCUGGCAGAAUAUUUGACAUUGGUGUUUUUAUUUUUUUUCACUCUCUCUCUCUCUCUUCAGCACUUGAUUUUUGAUCUGCCCAUUUUCCACCCGCUCGUAGAUCCUGUCUCAGGGGAACUGGAUGUGAAAAGAGCGUUUACCAAAUGGAGGCGCAAUCACAACCAUAUAUGGCAAAUCCUGAUGUACGCGCGCAGAGUUUUCUACAAGAUCGACACAACCAACCCUCUGAACCCUGAAUCUGCUGUGCUGUAUGAAAAAGAUGUUCAACUCUUCAAGAGCAAAGUGGUGGACAGCGUAAAAUUAUGCAGCAGUCACUUAUUUGAUCCCCCCAAAAUUGAAGACCCCCAUGCAAUUAGCUUUUCUCCCUGGAAUCCAGCUAUACACAAUGAAGUGAGAGAGAAGAUGUUGACUCAGAAGAAGAAAGGAGAUGACCAGCAAUGCAAGAACACGCAAGUCUCCGGCCUCUCGUGGGUCAAACCGGGUUCCGUUCAACCUUUCAGCAAAGAAGAGAAGUCACUUCCUACUUAGCUACCCGAAAAGGACGAGACACACUCCACCCUUUUUGACUAGAAGGAGGGAACGAAAACAAGAGCCCAACAGCGAAAAUUGUGGUUCUCCUUGACUUUGGAUUAGUAAAGAGUAAAUGCUAGCAAACGACUUAAAAAGUGAUCCCCGUUCAGCGGGGUUCCUUGGGACUCUUUCUUGAUGUUUUACAGUUUUAAUUGCAGCCUGCAAGUAGGUCUUAUUAAAAGAGCAAAAGGCCGGGCUUCUGUACGGGAAGCCCGUCGUGCGUGGGUAUAACGAAUGACUCAGGAGUCAAAUGUAGCUCAGAAGUUUUCGGUGGGUUCCUUUUUAAAGUGGUUUUUUUUUUUUAAAUGUGAAGAGCAGGCCGGAAAAAAAACUCAUUCCAGAGAUAAUCUGUGUUUGUGUAAACUAAUAUAGCAGAGUAAAAUACUAUAUUUAAAAACUUUUAAAAUGCAUUGGUUUCUAUUGUAAAUAUUAUUAGGAUAUUGAAUUUGUAAAUACUUGGUUCCAAUUCCUUCUACCCCCUUCCAGGGGCAGAAAGGCUGAGACUGAUUUAUGUAUGAUGUGUACCUAUUUCCCCACCCCACCCCCUCUUCCUUUUCUCCUUUACAGAUGUUGCCACUACUGGCUGCUUCUAACAUAACUUGUCCCAGUCUUUAGGGCCGCAACCGAAUUGCCUGCAAGAAUCAUAUAGGAGGGAAGAUUUUACUUCAAAAAGGGGCUUAGGUAGAGGAUUCUUCCAUUGUGAUAGUUGCAUGCAUCUUAACUCAAGUAAGCUUUAAGAUGUGUCAAAGUAAUAUUAGAGGCAGCCUUAAA